GUCCAAACGACGAAAUGUACCAUCCACAACGUUCUUUAUACUCGGCAUAGAAUAAUCCGGCGUGCCAUGCCAGGCCAGCAGCCGAGCAACACGGCAACCCUCUUUUUAUUCGACAAACUUAACCUCACUAAGUCGGCACGGCAACUGUCAUAUUUGUCAAAAGGUUUUCGAGUUUCGAGUUCGUUUAGUUGAUUUUUGGGCUCGGUAUUUUACAUAAAAACAACUUUAAUAAGUGUGAACAAUUUAACAAAAUGGACGACGAGUUUUUCUACGAUGACGACGAAGAAUACGGAGACUACGGUUUGGAAUAUUCGGAAGAAAGUACAUCGGAACCGGACGUCGACUUGGAAAAUCAAUAUUAUCUAGCCAAAACAUUGAAAGAGGACAAACUGGAGUGUUCAGUGGCGGCGUUUCAGAAGGUAUUGGAUUUACAGGGCGAGCAUAAAGGCGAAUGGGGUUUCAAAGCUUUGAAACAGUUAGUGAAGAUCAAUUUUCAAUUGAAAAAUUACGUGGAGACUAUGAAGAAGUAUAAAGAACUGUUGGGUUAUAUAAACACGGCUGUGACUAAAAAUCACGGAGAAAAAUCGAUAAACUCGAUUUUAGACUACACUUCAACAUCGAAAGAUAUCGAACUACUACAAAAUUUCUACGAAACGACUUUGUCAGCCUUGAAAAAUGCAAAAAACGACCGAUUGUGGUUCAAGACGAACACGAAAUUGGGAAAAGUGUACUUGGAGAGGGGCGAAUUCGCUAAGGUUGCCAACAUUAUCAAGCAAUUAAAAUUGACUUGUAACCCGUACGCACACGAGAUUGAUCCGCAUAAAGGCACUCAACUCCUCGAAAUAUACGCCCUGGAAAUCCAAAUGCACACACAACAGAAAAACAACAAACAACUGAAGGAACUGUAUGAGCGCAGCCUCAAAAUUCGCUCGGCUAUACCUCAUCCGCUCAUCAUGAGCGUUAUCAGAGAGUGCGGCGGGAAGAUGCAUUUGAGAUCCGGUGAUUACGAAAAGGCGUACACCGAUUUUUUCGAAGCGUUCAAAAACUACGACGAAGCCGGCAAUCCAAGACGCGUCAAUUGCCUGAAGUAUCUCAUCCUGACGAGCAUGUUAUUGAAAUCCGCCAUCAACCCGUUCGAUUCUCAGGAAGCCAAACCGUACAAAAACGAACCCGAAAUCAAAGCUAUGACGGACCUGAUAUCCGCCUUUCAAAAUAAUAACAUGAAAGAAUUUGAGAGCAUAUUUCAGGAAAACAAGGACUGUUUGAUGGCCGAUCCUUUCAUCCACGAGCAUAUCUCGGACUUGUUGGUGCACGUCAGAACCAAAGCUUUGUUGACGUUGGUCAAACCGUACAGUAACGUUAAGCUAGACUUUAUUAGCAACGAAUUGGGAAUAAGUUUGGACGAAGUUGAAUCUUUGCUGGUGUCAUGUAUUCUCGAUAAAUGUAUUGAAGGCUGUUCCUUAACGCAGCCCUGUUGUUUUACAGGUAGGAUCGAUCAAGUGAAUAAGAUAUUGGUGAUGCGACCUAAGGGAUGCGACACCAAGUACCUUGCGUUGGAAAAAUUGACGGAGCAAAUUGGAAAAUUGACUUUUUCAAUUGGGGCUUGAUG